GCGGUGAGGCUUCCGAGGUCGGAGAAUACGAUGUUGAUUGGUUUAACUCCAGGGCCGACCAAAAAAGAAAAAGAAAAACAGGUUACAGUACACAUGAUAUCUCCGCCUUCGAAACAAGAAUUGGCGAAAGCAACCGCCACAGGUAAUCGAAGAAACCAAAGCUUUGCAAUGGAGGCAUGUUUUUAUUGGAGUGAAGUUUGGAUUGUCUCACUCGCUUCCUUCCAGGAAAAACCCUUUCCGAUGCAACCACCGUCCACGUCUUCUCCGGCUCAUUUUCAUGACUCGGACGAUGAAUCCGAGGUUCGAUCCAUGACCGCCAAGGGCAUUAAUCAUCUGUGUUCCGAACUCCUGGAACUUAAGGCUGAAUCCAAUGGAGAUUUUCACCGAAUUAUAAUUUCUACCUGUCUUUCCUUCUCCAGAACAUUUGAGCAAGUAAAAGUCAUGCAACAGGAUUUGAUACAGCUAAAAGGCGAAAUCUCCACUCAAACAAAUCUUGUCAAACACCUCGUGGACGGCAUAGAUCUUGCGGUUGAGGCGGGUGAGACGGAUCCGACGGUGGUGGACUCAACGACUCUUCAACCCUCGCAAUUCAGCAGGAUUUCUUGGUUGAUUGAUUCGGAGGCCCACAUUUACAGCGUCGCAAAAGCCUUGGACGCUCUCAUUUGUGAAGACAGAAUAGACGAAGCUUUGGAAAUUAUCAAGGUUGAGGAUGACAACUUGCAGAGAGUGAAGGCUGAAGAAGAAGAUUACCCAUUUGACAUAGUAACGCUGUAUGAUUGUGUGGUUUCUGACAAGAGGGCCAAGAUCAAGCUACGAUUGGCACACGCAUCUGAUUACGCACAAACGGCUGCACAAGGAGAAAUUGUUCCAACCACAGAUCGCCCACCACCUUCGCACGAUGUACCAGUAGAAUUUUAGAACCCAUUCAUUGUGGCGGCAACAUUCAAUAAUUUCGCAAAAUAUAUUAUUGUUCUGGCAUUCAAUCGAGACUGGUAACAAGUUUCAGGUUGGUGGAGAGGAACGCUUUGCUUUUGUUCUCUUUAACUCCUCAUUUCCCUUUUCCCAAAACACUAACGAAAUAUUGAUUUC